AUGGGUCAGCAGUUCAGCUGGGAGCAGGUGGAGGCUGAUGGGGAGGUGGACGUGGCGGAGCUGCAGGAGUGGUACAAGAAGUUUGUGGUUGAGUGUCCCAGCGGUACACUCUUCAUGCACGAGUUCAAGCACUUCUUCAAGGUCACGGGCAAUGAGGAGGCCAGCCAGUAUGUGGAGGGCAUGUUCCGAGCCUUCGACAAGAACGGGGACAACACCAUCGACUUCCUGGAGUAUGUGGCGGCCUUGAACCUCGUGCUGAGGGGCACUCUGGAGCACAAGCUCAAGUGGACCUUCAAGAUCUAUGACAAGGACCGCAAUGGCUGCAUCGACCGCCUAGAGCUUCUGGACAUUGUGGAGGCAAUUUACAAGCUGAAGAAGGCCUGCCGAGUGGAGCUGGACCUGGAGCAGCAGGGCCAACUGCUCACACCUGAGGAGGUAGUGGACAGGAUCUUCCUCCUGGUGGACGAGAAUGGAGACGGCCAGCUGUCUCUGACCGAGUUCAUUGAAGGUGCCCGUCGCGACAAGUGGGUGAUGAAGAUGCUGCAGAUGGACGUCAACCCUGGUGGCUGGAUCACUCAGCAAAGGCGGAGAAGUGCCAUGUUCUGAGGGCCUGGG